AUGUGUAAUUCCAAGACAAGCUCCAGUGGGGCGUGUCCCGACAGUUUCGACAACUCUCCUCAGCAGGGACUAGAAUGCCUCACCCAAUGGACAGGGCCAUUCAGGCUGUUUGACCUUCCUCGGGAACUUCGGGACAAGAUAUACUACCAAUAUCUAUAUCGUCCAGGACGUAUUUACUACGCUGCUCAUACCGACAAGUACUUUUGGGAAAGCCAUACCAAAAGCGAUGGUUUCGCAAAUUUGUUGACAGUGUCCAAACAAGUUUACCAUGAGGCAUUCAACGUCUUCUGUGAAGCCAAUACCGUUGCGCUAUCUGUACAUUAUAAUUCUCGCGAAGGCUACAGCAAGCCCCUCACUGGGCUCCUUCGUCUGUUUCCCGAACGAGCUGCAGCGAGUCUGACUGGAGUGAGCAAAACAUAUCGCGACGUUAUUACGCGGCGAAUGGGACAAUGGGGCUAUGCACCCAGCCACGAGGGUAUUGCCCAGGGUGGUGAUGGAACUGGCCAUUAUCACAAGCACAACUCCGCCGGGGAGACGUUUAUAGAAAUCUUGAGAGACGCGCACACUCUGAGGCAGUUCUUCCCGAAGCUGACUAUUUUUGAGGCGGAUUGGUAUCCGGAGCCGCCGUUCCAUGAGUAUCCGGAACAGUUGGGUCAAGUGCGUAAGAUUGCACGUUUGUGGAAGGAAGGUGUAGAAGAAGGGAAAAUAAGAGACAUAUGGCUGGACACGAUGAAAGGAUGGUUGCACGGGAAAAACGUGGUACCACUGAGUUGUGUCACGUUUUCUCUCAAUGGUUUUGCUGCGGAUGGCUUUGAUAAUGACUUGGACGUGUUGUUCAAUGAAGCAUAUAUAGCACUGGUGAAGCAGUGGACGACUAGAGAUGACAUCGAGGAUAGCGGGAGAGCGUGGCUGGAGGCGAUGGACAAGGAGAAGACGACUAGAAAGAAGAAGGGUAGGAAGACACGGGAAGAGAGCGCAUAG